CACGCCCCUGCUUUUCCCGCGAAAGUCGGCGCGGCGCGAAAGAGGUGCGGGUGCGAGUUGCCGUGCUCGGGUGCAACUGGCUGUGCGCGGUGCCGGGGUGCGUGAGCGUGAGGCGCAGCAUGUCGGGGUUCGACGACCUCGGCGUCUUCUACAGCGACAGCUUCGGUGCCGAGCCGGGCGGCGAUGACGGGCGGGCGCGCAGGGCGCAGCUGCAGCGGCGCUUCCGGGAGUUCCUGCGGCAGUUCCGGGCGGGCGCCGGCUGCUCCUUCACCUACCGGGAUGAACUCAAGCGCCAUUACAACCUGGGGGAAUACUGGAUCGAGGUGGAGAUGGAGGACUUGGCCAGCUUCGAUGAGGACCUGGCUGAUUCCUUGUACAAGCAGCCAGCAGAGCACCUGGAACUGCUGGAAGAAGCAGCCAACGAGGUGGCUGACGAGGUGACCCGGCCCCGGCCUGCGGGGGAGGAGUUGCUCCAGGACAUUCAAGUCAUGCUCAAGUCAGAUGCCAGCCCCUCCAGCAUCCGGAGCCUGAAGUCGGACCUGAUGUCGCACCUGGUGAAGAUCCCUGGCAUCAUCAUCGCAGCCUCUGCGGUCCGGGCCAAGGCCACACGCAUCUCCAUUCAGUGUCGUAGCUGCCGCAACACCCUUACCAACAUCUCCAUGCGGCCCGGCCUGGAGGGCUACGCCCUGCCCAGGAAGUGCAACGCGGACCAGGCUGGCCGCCCCCGGUGCCCACUGGACCCGUACUUCAUCAUGCCCGACAAGUGUAAGUGUGUGGACUUCCAGACCCUGAAGCUGCAGGAGCUGCCGGACGCUGUGCCACACGGUGAGAUGCCUCGGCACAUGCAGCUCUACUGCGACAGGUACCUGUGUGACAGGGUUGUCCCUGGGAACAGGGUCACCAUCAUGGGCAUCUACUCCAUCAAGAAGUUGGGCCUGAACUCCAGCAGAGGCCGUGACAGGGUGGGCGUGGGCAUCCGGAGCGCCUACAUCCGAGUCCUGGGCAUCCAGGUGGACACGGACGGCUCUGGCCGCAGCUUUGCCGGGUCUGCGAGUCCACAGGAGGAGGAGGAGUUCCGGCGUCUGGCCGCCCUCCCCAAUGUCUACGAGGUCAUCUCCAAGAGCAUUGCCCCCUCCAUCUUUGGGGGCAUGGACAUGAAGAAGGCUAUUGCCUGUCUGCUCUUCGGGGGCUCGCGGAAGAGGCUCCCUGAUGGGCUCACUCGCCGAGGGGACAUCAACCUGCUGAUGCUGGGGGACCCAGGGACGGCCAAGUCCCAGCUCCUGAAGUUUGUGGAGAAGUGCUCUCCCAUUGGGGUGUACACGUCGGGGAAGGGCAGCAGUGCGGCUGGCCUCACAGCCUCCGUGAUGAGGGACCCCUCCUCCCGGAACUUCAUCAUGGAGGGAGGGGCCAUGGUCUUGGCUGACGGUGGGGUUGUCUGCAUUGAUGAGUUUGACAAGAUGCGAGAAGAUGACCGUGUGGCCAUCCACGAGGCCAUGGAGCAGCAGACCAUUUCCAUUGCCAAGGCUGGCAUCACCACCACCCUGAACUCGCGCUGCUCCGUGCUGGCUGCUGCCAACUCAGUGUUUGGCCGCUGGGAUGAGACGAAGGGGGAGGACAACAUCGACUUCAUGCCCACCAUCCUGUCCCGCUUCGACAUGAUCUUCAUCGUCAAGGACGAGCACAAUGAGGAGAGGGACGUGAUGCUGGCCAAGCACGUCAUCACACUGCACGUGAGCGCACUGACGCAGGCGCAGGCCGUGGAGGGCGAGAUGGACCUGGCCAAGCUGAAGAAGUUCAUUGCCUACUGCCGUGCGAAGUGUGGCCCCCGGCUGUCUGCGGAGGCCGCAGAGAAGCUGAAGAACCGCUACGUCGUCAUGCGGAGCGGUGCCCGGCAGCACGAGAGGGACAGUGACCGGCGCUGCAGCAUCCCUAUCACCGUGCGGCAGCUGGAGGCCAUCGUGCGCAUCGCAGAGGCCCUCAGCAAGAUGAAGCUGCAGCCCUUUGCCACGGAGGCGGACGUGGAGGAGGCCCUGAGGCUCUUCCAGGUGUCCACGUUGGACGCCGCCUUGUCGGGCACCCUGUCUGGGGUGGAGGGCUUCACCAGCCAGGAGGACCAGGAGAUGCUGAGCCGCAUCGAGAAGCAGCUCAAGCGCCGCUUUGCCAUCGGCUCCCAGGUGUCUGAGCACAGCAUUGUGCAGGACUUCACCAAGCAGAAGUACCCGGAGCAUGCCAUCUACAAGGUGCUGCAGCUCAUGCUGCGCCGAGGUGAGGUCCAGCACCGCAUGCAGCGCAAGGUCCUUUACCGCCUCAAGUAAGGACGUCGUGCCACCUCGUGGGGGCCUCUCCCCACCCUGCCUUCCAGCACCACCUGCUUCCUGCCCUGUGCUGCUCUCCGCCUCUGGACCACUGCCCCACACUAGCUGGGCAUGUGCUUGGAGGACUGAUAAUAAAGAUGCUGUGUAGGGUCCCUGAGGGCUACUGUACCUCGUGACCUGUCCCCGCCUGUCCUUGGUGGCUGGGUGGAUGUGGGCGGGAGCAGGCGUGGGAGCCCACAGACUGGCUGAGCUGGGCCCAUGCAGCCUCCCCUCAGGUCCUUGACAUCGUGCCACAGGUUCUUCUGUGUCCAGUGGGCAGGGCGAGGCCAGGUGUUCCCAGCCGAGUGCAGGAGAGCUCCAGUAUGUUGACCGAGCCUGCACCCGGCCUGUGUGCUAGAGCGAGAGCCAGUAACCGCCACCGACUCCCCAUGCUUUUCUGCACCUCGGUGUCCUGGUCUGCAGGCAGCUGACACAGUCCCUGUCUCUGGAGUGGAGCUGAGGGUCCUCAAGAGCUCAGCCAGGGCCCGCAGGGUAGCCAGGCGUGUGGCAGGAUGCAGUGGCAUUUGCUGUCCAGGGAUGUGGAUUCUGGCAGGCCUUAGAGCAGGGGGUGGGGACUCUUGUGACCUCCUCCCAGGCAGGCCACCCCCAAGCUGUGUGGCCAUGGGACGGGGCACUUGGAGCUGACAGGAACUUCCCCAAGUCCAGGAGGGCCAGGGUCAGAGGAAGCCCACAGCAUUUCAUUUUGGCUGUUAACUUUUUUUUUUUUUUGGUGGUACUGGGGAUCGAACUCAGGACCUUCCGCUUGCCAGGCAGGCACAGCGCCCCUGAGCUACAUCCCCAGCCCUUGGUGGUUAACUUUUUUACAACAUGGAAAUACAUAGUAUGUAAACUA